AUGGUGGGUUGUCCUAUUCUGGCGGUCGCAACAUUCACCCACGAGCGAUACGACGAUGGCACGGAAGUCCCCGUUUGCCUCACACAGGCGGACACCUUCUGGUCGGCACUUUUCUUUAUUCUCAUCAUCGCCAUUUUCUUCAUCAUCCCGCUAGGCAUCCUCCUUGUACUGUACAGCGUCAUCGCAAAAAACCUAAUGGAGAACCCAGUACUCAUCGCACACAACAGCAAAAACAAUAAUAACGCUGGUAAUGUACUACGGUACAGAAAACAGGUUAUCCUCAUGCUCGGAACCGUGGUUCUAUCGUUCUUCAUCUGUUUACUUCCAUUCAAAGCUCUAACACUAUGGAUCAUCGUAUUCCCCCCGGAGACAAUAAUGUCGUUAGGUAUAGAUGGCUAUUAUAUACUUUUGUACUUUUGUAGAGUAAUGUUAUAUUUGAACUCGGCCAUAAACCCGAUUCUGUACAAUCUCAUGUCCUCCAAAUUUAGGGAAGGUUUCGUUAAACUACUGAAAGUUAAUAAAUUAAUGAGAUGCGGAAGAAAUUUAAGAGAAAACAUGCAGAGACGAGACACAUUCAACACAACGACAUCUACUGGGUUCUCGAGCAGUCAAAACACCAGUGACUCCUUCUGGAGAAGAUACAGCAAUAGGACGUCAUCACAAAAGUUUUUCCUGAAUAGAGAGAGUAAGAAACUUAAAGAGGUAAAGGAAAUUUUCGAUACAAAGGUCCAACAGGUGAAAGUGGGUGAAAUUGUCAAUGUGGAAAAUGUGCGGCGUAACAGCAUGAAAAUUAUUGCAGCCAUGAACGAAUUGAACAACGACUUGGACAGCAUUAUAAAUGCGAAUAUUAAACGUGACGCCAAAGCGAAAGAUCGUAGCGAUAUCGAAGUGCACGUUGAAAUAAAUUCCGAGAUCGUUCCUGAAAGUAAACAAGUGCAGAUAUUAAAUUUAGAUUCGAAAACGAACAACGUGUGCGCAACACUAGUGAAUGAAUGUGAUAAGAACAGAUAUGUGUGUUCGCUGGAACAAGAGAAAACUAUAUUUGUAUACGAUUUUAAAAAUAAUGAAAGUUUUGUGUAG